UAAACUGCUAAAAAUAUUCACAGACGGCUGGCGGUGGGAAGAGUCUCUUCCUCCAUGAGUCUCCUUCACCUUCAAAUCCAUAACCAACCUCUUAUUUACCAAACUACCUUUCUUCCUCCAUCUUCCUCACUCUCCCCUCUCAACUUUCUCUCCCUUCAACCCUUCAAAUCCGUUUCAAUUUCUAUCUCUACCCGACUUUUCCCACUCUCCGCCGUUUCUAAAGUCCAACCCUCAAUUUCCACCAAUGAAGACCAACAACAAAGUGAAGAAGACACCAUGGAACUCGACUACUUGGCCCCCGACGGCGUCGUUUACCAGAAGACGCUCAGAUUGGUCGAGUGCUCCAUGUUCGCUGCUGUCACUGGCCUAGUCUACUUCUUGAGCAAUUCUCUCGCAAUCGAGAAUUACUUUGGAUGUUUCUUUUCGUUUCCGAUAGUAAUAUCCUCUAUAAGAUGGGGAAUUGCAGCUGGGAGAAAAACCAUGGUAGCAACAGCUCUACUAUUGUUCGUAUUGUCUGGUCCUGUGAAAGCCUUAACUUAUUUGCUUACACAUGGUUUGGUUGGUUUCACAAUGGGCUCUUUAUGGAGGUAUGGAGUGAGUUGGAACCUUUCACUUUUCUUGUGCACAAUUGUUCGAUCACUUGGUGCUAUGGGCUAUGUUUUGACAUCAUCUUUCCUAAUAAGAGAAAACAUACUUGCUUUGAUCACUAUAAACAUUCACGCCUCUCUCUCGUAUAUCUUUGCUACGGUGGGCAUUAAUACAGUUCCAUCCAUGAGCUUCAUAUAUACCAUAUUCGGGACUGUGCUGUUGCUGAAUAGCAUCUUCUUUGUGUUCUUGCUGCACCUCUUGUAUUCCGUGUUCCUUUCCAGACUUGGAAUGAAAUCUUCAUUGAGAAUGCCAGUUUGGCUGGAGAAGGCUCUAUGAUUCAGUCAGCUACAAUCAUCUCCAUGUAACACUAGAUUUUUCACGCAAGCCCAAAGUUUCAAAACCUGUCCUCCAUUAUAUGCAUUAAGGCAUUUCCUUUAUAUGCUGUUAAACUUGCAGCAAAAGUGCCGCGAAGUGCCAUUCAUGAAUGAAAAGUCGUAAUUAGCUGUAAA